AGGUAACAUGGCGGACGAGCUGAAGAUUUCGAUACAAUUUAGUGGCGGCGCUGAGUUACUGUUCAAUAGAGUAAAGGAACAUGACGUGGUCUUACAGAAGGAUGGAAAGCCAUGGAAUAUUAAAAGAUUACUGGCAUGGAUCAAAGACAACUUGCUUAAGGAAAGACCAGAACUGUUCGUUCAAGGAGAAUCAGUACGGCCUGGUAUACUAGUACUGAUAAAUGAGGCAGACUGGGAAUUAAUGGGUGAACUGGACUAUGAGUUGCAAGAAAAUGAUAACAUUGUUUUUAUUUCUACUCUCCAUGGUGGAUAAGACUGCAUGACUUUAUAGAACAUUUUAAUGGACUAAGGAUCAGAUAGAUGUUGACAUUGGCUUGUAUUCCAUGGGCUCAUGAUCAAGGUUGAAGCAAGAGGAACAUGAAGGUCUUAAAAAAUCCUUAGAAUUUGGAAAGUUUCAAUCAAGAUGGGAAGAUCAUCCUGCAAUAAUCUGAGUUUCAUGGAAGUGGCAACCAGUUGCAGAGGUCCAAAUCUACUUUAUAAGAACAAUGGAAAUAUAUGUGCGAGACACUGUGUAAAGACAACAAUAACAUUUGUGAAAUUAGCCUGUAUGUUUACCUAAAAAGGAACACUAAUCAAGACAUAUUUGGGUGUACCCAAGGGCUUUCAAUGAUAAAAUAGACAUAGUUUUAUGAUGAUUUUCACACUCAAUUUAGACAUUAGAUAUGCAAAUUAUAAGCAAAAGCAUUUGAAAAGUGUGUGAAAAUGUUGUCCCCUUCACACAAUAUUGCACACACUUUUCUACUAAUUCUUGAAGCCUCUCUGAAGAAAAUGUACUCUGAUGCAUGCACUUUAGAGCCUCAAUGGUGAUUUUUGACUGAACAUGGACAAACCAUGAUUUCACUCCUAUCAUGGAGUGCUAAGUAGCAAUACCAGAGGUCACACUGGCAAAAAUUGAAGAUGUGGUUACUAAGAUAUUCUUGUACAAAGGUUUCCUCAAUGAUCAUACAUUUAGAGGUAAAGAAUAUUGUCAGCCAGGAGACACUAAUCUAACCAUGAUGUUUAAAUGAUUUCAUUCUGCAAAGGUUCAAAGUCUAUUCAUAAAUACCCUGUUCAGUGAAUAAUAAUCAUGAUAACUACAUAUUCAGAGAUAAAAUCAUGAAUACAAAUGAGUGGCAGACCAGUAGCCUUACCUGAAUCUCUUACUAUAGUGAAUUUAUCAUGAGCCAAUCAAUUCAGGUAAACAUGAUUACUAAGCAUUGGUCUAUGUGAUGGAUUGAAGGUAGAUAAUUGCCCUGGAUGAAAAACUUCCAUCCCAAGAUUCUCUCUUCAAUCCACCAGAAGGUUCUGUCUCCAGGGAGGAAAAAAGUUUUCUCUCUCAUCGUGUGUUGGUGAGUAAAGGCCACUUUUGCUCUGGAGGAGACAUCCCAAGUGAAAAAAAAAUUAACUUUGAGGGGAAAUUUUCACUUUGCAAACUUCGACUCUAUGGUCAAUCUAUCAAAAAUACCCAUUAUUUAACAGUAGCUGACCAUAACACCUGAAAAACAGCCACAGUUAGACAUUCCACCUACAUUUCUAUUACAACCUAAGUAAAGCUGGGUCAUAGCUAUCUCAAGCUUCUAGACACCUCUGUAGAAAAUUUUGAGAUCAGAGAAAUUUCUCUUGCUGGAGGUGGAGACUUCUGGCCUGAAAUGAAGGCAAAUCUGUUGUAACUCCCAAAAAUACCCAUAACAUGACGAGUGGCUUGUAGUAAAGAUGACAAUAAGAA